GAGGAGAAGAAGAGCGGGAGAGGUUGCGAGGUUGAGCGUUCAAGAAAGACAACCACUACAAAGUGUCAACGGACAAGGCAGUACUGAUUGCCAUUUUGACUGCAUAUAAACACACCGUGGUUACCAGGCUGGUGGAAUACACGUCGGAGGAAAAGGCCAAGAAAGCACUGGCCGUUCAGAGAGACUGGCGAAAACUGCACCAAGUACGUGGCUACAGCACAGAGGUUCCAGGAGGAUAGCAGGGGAGAGAGGAUACAUCACAGUUGAAACAAGCGUGGGUAUUAACGUACAAGGACAUAGCCCAUCACACGGUUUUGCCGAAUAGGAGAACAAGAGACACAAUGGCUAGUCAGUUGAGACAGCUUGAAAAUGGCAUCAUGAAGUAUACGAUGGAGGACGACAGCCCCAGGGUGUCUGACUACACGAAUGAGGAGUAUUCCUCAUCGGUAUCCGGAGCGUCCAUUACACCACAGAUCAGGGACGUCCAGGAUCUCGAUGUGCACGAUGAGAUACUUCCAAUUGAGCAACAAGCCGGCUUGGUUCAUGGUCAUAUCCAUAACUAUGAGAAUUUCACUUAUAUCCAUGGUCAUAUACACACUAACGAGAACGCAUCGUGUAAUGCACUGGAAAGUUGCGUCUGCGAUGAAGACGUGAAGAGAAGACCAAGUAGAAGAAGUUCUCUCCAUAAGCAUACCAACGACUUGCACUCGGAAAACUUCUCUGAAUGCCAACAUUUCGAAUUCCUGAACUGCCACGAUAACACUCCGCUGCUGCCGGUAAACCUGGAUGAUGAUUCUAUCACAUGUAACAUGCACGAGAAUUGUAAACCGAAGAUAGUUGAGGUUUGCUGUGAUACUUUACACAAUGAAGAUUCUUCAGGCCCAUUCCCACUCAAUUCUGGACACGUACUCCCGACAGAAGAUGUACAUCUUCACGAGGGGACAACAGACCAUACCUUUGAUUUCGAAAGGGCCCUAUUGGACUGUGGAUUAGGUGAUUGCAUUGACAUUAAAUGUGAUUUGGACACUUGUGAUACCAAUGACUUACAUUGCAAAUACUGUGAUGUUGUGGAAGAACUGCCCAGCAUUAAACAGGAGUUCGAUAUUGAACCCACACCGAAUAAUCAAUUAUCAAAUUUGAAGAGACAAAGAAAUGAAAGUUUCUCAAAUGAAUAUAUCCAUAUGCAUAGCCAUGUUCAUCACCAACAUUUAGAGGGAUUUCAACACCAUCUUCAUCACAAACAACAUCAUCAGCACCCAGAAAACCAUCAUCACCAUCUUUUUCAACUUCAUGAGCAUCAACAGAAGAAGAUCAAGACAGAUGACGGCUCAGAGUUGAUAAAUUUUGAAUGGAAUUUCAAAAACCAGGAGACCAAAUGUGAAUGGGAGAAUUGUUCCACCAUGUUGAAUAACUCGUUGCAGUUACAGAAUCAUAUCAUGGAGGACCAUAUUCUCUCAGAGUAUCCAGAUCUCAACGCAACACCAGCUCAUGAUCAUUCGUUUGAAUGUGAAUGGAAAAACUGUGAUUACUCUGGAGUGGAUAUCUUCAGCUUGGUCAAUCAUGUAAAUUUGAAGCAUGGAUUACAGGGCCUUCCCGAUACACUCAAGUUCGAUUUGCGUAAGCAAGAUGGCAGCCUGCAACAACUACCAACACCAUCUGAGGCUCUUGAAAAGACAACCACAAGGGCCCGCAGAGGAAGAAGAAUACAACAACAACAAGAAGAAGAACCAGAACAAACCGUUUGUAAAUGGCUGGUUGAAGAUGAACAUGGAAACCAGCAUGAUUGCAACAAGCAAUGUCGAACAGCGGGGGAACUAACAGAUCAUCUGAUCGUGGAUCACAUUGGUUCUGGCAAAUCAGAGUACACUUGUCUUUGGAAAGGAUGCGACAGAAAUCACCGUAAUUUCAACCAACGACAAAAGAUUAUCAGACAUUUACACGUUCAUACGAGAUAUAAACCGUUCAAAUGUGAAGAAUGUGGUCAUUCCUUUGCUAUCGAGUCCAUGCUUGAACAACACAUGAGAACUCAUUCAGGUGAAAAGCCUUAUGCUUGCAAACAAUGUGGGAAACAUUUCGCUACAAGCUCAUCGUUGUCUAUUCACAUGAGAACCCAUACUGGCGAGAAACCUCUCAUGUGUAAGUAUCCAGGUUGUGGGAAGAGGUUCAGCGAGAGCUCCAACUUGACUAAACACAUCAAGACACAUGAAAAGACCUACAAAUGUGAGUGUUGUUCCAAGAGCUUCACGAAAGAGAAGCAGUUGGAGAAUCACAUGGCGAAGUAUCAUACGUAAGCUCUGAGGGUGUUAUUCUCCAGGAAUCUGAUAGAUAUAUGAAUUU